AUGACUUCAAAUAAUAAGGUUCAUGAACUGCAAAAUCAAAGCACGACUAGACUUCAUGGCAAAUUCAAAGCGAAAUUCAAAUCAUCAAUUGUCAACAUCAACAUCAACGUCAACGUCAACUCCAACUUCAACUUCAAUACCCACGUCAUUCUUUUCUUCAUCCUACUUUUGACAAUCAAUCCAAGACGGGACCUUUUCGGAAACGCUAUCUAUAUCCGUUUCGUCAACAUCCAGUCCCGAUCCCGUGCUUCUUCAAGAGAUUCUGGUCUAGCGCCGGCAGCUAUCGAUCUUGACUAUUACCUCAGUUCCCCCCUUUUUUUCUCAUUCAAACCAAGGAACGGGGCUGUGUUUGGCAAACGGAUUUGA